UGUCGACUGCGUCGUGUGUCUUAUCAGUGAUAAUCUGCACUUACGUACUUAAGAAGCCGGUAUGCUUGCUCACGUCGUGGAUGGGGUAGUUGCUUUUUUGGCGUAAUGAAAUUCGCUUCAAAUAAUCGAAAAUGAUAGUAAUUCCACGAGUCAUUCGAGGGACUGAAAUAAAUCAGCAAGUUGAAAUGGCAGUUUUAACUAGAUGUGCUCACUUGACUUAACUGUCAGCUAAAUUCCUGUGUUUUUUAUUAAAGCAAAUGAAAGACUGAAAUUUUUGGAAUAAUGUAUUUGGAUGCAGUUUUUUCGUGAAUAACAUGUAAUCCUUUGGAGAAGGCUGUACUUCUAAAACUAUAUCCUGUUGUCGCUGUGGGAAAUUUUAUGUUUUUAUUCCUGCAAAACAUAAAUAACGUAAAUAUUGGAAAAAAAUCUUCAAAUUUGAGGCCCACCAGAUAGUAUUAUAACGAGAACAGAACCAACCAAAAUGAGAAAUGUGAAUCAAAAGUUGUUUGAGAGAAUAGGUGACAGAUGGUCAGAUGACUCUGAUGACGAUAGGCCUAAACGCGGCUCAAGACGCAGAGAAGUCUCCUGGGACUCAGGAUUACCAUUCCCGAAACUCUCAGGACCAUUUUCAGCAGUUAUUGUUGGCCUGGUGGCAAUACUUUGCUACAAAAACUCAGUUGAUGGUGAAUUUGUAUUUGACGACACUGAAGCCAUUGUGAAUAAUGAAGAUUUGCGGCCUGAGACUCCAGUUUGGAAUUUAUUUUUCAAUGAUUUUUGGGGGACGAGACUUACAGACAAGACUAGCCACAAGUCAUACAGACCACUGACUGUCCUUUCUUUCAGGUGGAAUUACUGGUUAUCUGGAGGACUGAAGCCAUGGGGAUUUCAUGUGACCAACAUAUGGCUGCAUGCUCUUGCAUCUGUACUACUUUUACCAUUCUGUGACAUACUUUAUGGUGGCAGAUGCCCAAGAGCAUCGUUCCUGACUGCAUUGCUUUUUGCUGUCCAUCCUGUGCAUUCAGAGGCUGUUGCAGGUGUUGUGGGAAGAGCUGAUUUACUAUGUGCUGUCUUCUUCCUUCUAUCAUUUCUGAUGUACUGCAGAGCAAUUCACUAUAAGAGUGAGACUGAAAAGCUCUGGGCCCUCUUUGUCAGUAUGGUUCUUUGCUGUAUAUCGAUGCUCUGUAAGGAACAAGGCAUCACAGUGCUUGGUCUGUGCAGCUUGUACGAUGUAAUAGAAACAGCUAAAAUUCUUCCUGUGGAUGUCAUAUCAAGCUUGGCAUGUAAAAUCAGUGCUUUUCAGAAAAGUCAAGAGGUACAAGUGGAGACAAUUGGUUUAGAUGAAAGAAAAAGCAGCUCUAAUGGAAGAAGCAAGCAUUUGUUAAAGAGACAUGCUAUACUGUUUGUCACAGGAAUUUUGUUGUUACUGCUCCGCUGGAAAGUAAUGGGCUCCACUCUUCCAACAUUUCAGAAGUCAGAUAAUCCGGCCUCAUUUGCCGAAAGUUUUACAGCCAGGUUUCUUACUUACAACUACAUCUAUGCUCUCAAUGCCUGGUUACUAUUGUGCCCUGAAUGGCUGUGCUUUGAUUGGUCCAUGGGUUGCAUACCCGUUUUCUCCAUGAAGAAUCCGUUUGACUAUCGUAUUGUGACCAUUGUUAUCUUCUGGACUUCAUUGGCAGUGCUGCUGCGGAAGUGUUUCUCAAGCAGAAACUCAAGAAAUGUGAGGUGCAUGAUCUUGAGUCUGGGACUGCUAGUGAUUCCAUUCCUCCCAGCUUCAAAUAUAUUCUUCCGUGUGGGUUUUGUUGUGGCUGAGCGUGUUCUUUACCUCCCAAGUGCUGGCCAUUGCAUGCUUAUUGUGAUAGGCCUUCGACAGCUGGCCCAAGUUGAUAGAUCACUAGCACGGGUAGGUUUUCUUUACCUGCUGAUUGCCUUUGGUAGCCGUGCAACUCGAAGGAGUGCACAGUGGAAGACAGAGGAGGUUCUUUUUGAGAGUGGUCUUAAUGUCUGCCCCCUUAAUGCCAAAAUUCAUUACAACAUCGCCAAAAAGGCAGGUGAUGCUGGGCAUAAACUUUCAGCCAUUGCUGGCUACAGGACAGCUCUCAGGUUAAAUGAAGAAUAUGAUCAGGCAAUGAACAACUUGGCCAAUAUGCUCAGAGAUGAAGGACAGUUGAAUGAAGCAGAAAGCCUCCUCCGAAAAGCCAUAUCGUUGAGAAAUGAUUUUGCUGCUGCCUGGAUGAAUUUGGGCAUUGUACUUUCAGGACAAAAGCGCUAUCAAGAAGCAGAAGAAUGCUACAUAACAGCUCUUAAGCAUAGACGGAAAUAUCCUGACUGCUAUUACAAUUUAGGAAACUUGUAUCUGGAGUUAAAAAAAUACAAUGCAGCAUAUGAAGCUUGGAAUAAUGCUACAACUCUUAAGCCACUGCACAGUCUGGCAUGGAAUAAUAUGAUAAUUAUGUUGGACAACAUAGGCAAUAUUACUGAAGCUGAAGUUGUGGGGCAGUCAGCCCUUUCGCAUCUUCCACAUGAGCCAUCUUUGCAUUUUAGUCUGGCAAAUACUCUGGGCAAGUCUGGCAAAUAUGAGGAAGCUGAAAAACAUUUCCAGCUGGCAAUUCACUUUGAUUCAAAUAAUGCCUUGUACUACUCAAAUUUAGGAGUUUUAUACCAUCGCUGGAAGAAGUACCCAAAGGCAGAAACGUUGUAUAAAAUAGCGCUGGCCAUAGACCCUACAAUGCAAAGUACAAUAGAUAAUCUGAAUGUGGUCCGUACAUUUCGUUCAAAACAAGAUUAUUCACUUGCUAAACAGACAAAAAAGGGAAAGAAAGAGGUAAAUACCUGUAAUGCUUGACAAUGUCAUUUUUUUUAAUAUCAAGAAAAGACUGGAUUAAUUAAUUAUGUUCUCAUUGUAACUGAAUCAUGUGUGGAAUCAGAAAAGUGAUUAUUCCUGGAGUCCUCACAGUUUGUUAUAACAAUGAAAUAUAUCUGUUGUCACUGCCCUUGUAGAUGUUUCAUGCAGUAACCAAAUGUGAUAAUACAAGAUUGUCAGUGAUAGGUUUAGUCUUUUUUAUCUGUUUUUAUAAAUAGUUACAGCUGUGACUUGCUUUGUUGUGCUGUGGAUCCAACAAAUCUUCCUGGAGAACGAAUGUUUGGUUACUAGAAAUAAAGGCUGGGAUUGUGUUAA